AUGGCCGUCAAUGGUGAUAUCGAUGGCGCUGCCGUCAAUGUCCCCGCCGCCACAUUCGACACUAUCCUUGUCCUCGACUUCGGCUCUCAAUAUUCCCAUCUUAUCACGCGACGCCUGCGUGAACUCAAUGUCUACUCCGAGAUGCUGCCGUGCACUCAGAAAAUUGCAGAUUUGCACUUUAAACCCAAGGGAAUAAUCCUCUCUGGUAGUCCAUAUUCGGUCUACGAAGAGGGUUCACCACAUGUCGAUCCCGCCGCACUUGACCUCGGGGUCCCCAUCCUUGGAAUAUGUUACGGUCUGCAAGAGAUGGCCUGGCAAUUUGGCAAGGGCGUUGCUGCUGGUGACAAGAAAGAAUACGGUCACGCCAACCUGAAGAUUGAGAGACAUGUGGGCAAGGAGGAGCACAUCGAUCGUCUCUUUGAGGGCAUCGAAGAUGACAUUGAAGUCUGGAUGAGUCAUGGAGACAAAUUAUCCAACCUACCCGAUGGGUUCAGACCGAUCGCAAGCACCCCUAAUGCACCAUGGGCUGGUGUCGCCAGCAUUGACAAGCCUUACUUUGGCAUUCAGUUUCAUCCUGAAGUUACUCACACCCCCAGAGGCACACAAGUCUUGGGCAAUUUUGCGGUCAAGAUUUGCAACGCCAGACAGGACUGGACCAUGGAGAAAUUCGUCGACCAGGAGAUCGAACGCAUUCGGGCCAUUGUAGGACCUAAAGGUCAAGUCAUUGGCGCGGUGAGUGGUGGGGUCGACUCGACCGUUGCUGCAAAACUCAUGAAUGAGGCCAUUGGAGAUCGGUUCCAUGCAGUCCUUGUUGAUAAUGGCGUGCUUAGACUGGAUGAGGCCAUCACUGUGAAGAAGACUCUGACCGAACAUCUUGGCAUCAACCUGACAGUCAUUGAUGCCACAGAGCUCUUCCUGGGCAAGCUCAAAGGCGUGUCAGAUCCCGAGACGAAGCGCAAAAUCAUCGGCAAUACUUUCAUUGAAAUCUUCCAAGACACUGCCAAAAAGAUUGCCAAGGAAGCAGCAGAUUCUCCACGAGCUGGAGAUAUCGAGUUCCUGCUUCAAGGCACAUUGUACCCGGAUGUUAUCGAGAGUAUAUCGUUCAAAGGCCCAUCAGCUACCAUCAAAACCCAUCACAACGUUGGUGGGCUACUCGAGGGCAUGCAUCUCAAAUUGAUUGAGCCCCUAAGAGAGCUGUUCAAGGAUGAAGUCCGAGCAUUGGGAACAAAUCUCGGCAUUCCAGAAGAAUUGGUGUGGAGACAUCCAUUUCCCGGACCAGGUCUGGCUAUUCGAAUUAUCGGAGAGGUCAACGAAGCACAGCUCAAAAUUGCUCGACAGGCCGACAAGAUUUUCAUCGACGAGAUCAUCGCUGCUGGACUGUAUCGAAAAAUCUCCCAGGCCUUUGCAGCAGUGCUACCAGAGAACGUGCGCGUGGUAGGUGUCAUGGGAGACAAGCGCGUCCAUGCUCAGAUGGUUGUCCUUCGUGCUGUGGAAACUACAGAUUUCAUGACCGCUGAUUGGUUUCCAUUCGACGGUGAGUUCCUCAAAAGAGUGAGCAGGAGGAUCGUCAAUGAGGUUGACGGUGUCUGCCGUGUCGUCUAUGAUGUCACUAGCAAGCCUCCCGGUACCAUUGAGAUGGAAUAG